AUGGUGGUUCUCAGCCUGUCUAUCAAGGGACUUAGGAAGUUGCUUUCAGUCUAUGAGCAUUAUGCGAAUGUUUACGGACUUAAUAAGACAGAAAUGUUGGUAUUUCGUGCGGGCAAAGGUCCGGAGAUGGUACCUGAGGUGUUGUUGUAUGGCUCAGCGGUUCGAGUUGUAACAGAGUUUAAAUACCUGGGACAUGUUCUUACAGAGCACCUGAAGGAUGACUAUGAUAUUGAGAGAGAGAGGAGGGCACUCUUGAUUCGUUGCAAUAUGUUGGCCCGAAGAUUUGGCAAAUGCAGCAAUCCCGUCAAGAUUGUACUGUUUAAUGCGUAUUGCCAGUGCUUCCACACCUGCCAACUUUGGACGAAAUUUCUCAAAAAGUCAUACACGACAAUGCGCGUGCAGCACAAUGAUGCAUUUCGCAUAUUGGUGGGAUUCCCUAGGUACUGCAGUGCCUCGGGUGUUUGCUGA